AUGAUGUUCUACGCGGACACCUCCGGCUUCAAAGGGAACAGCUCGGGGUACUACGCUGCUCCCCCCGGCGGCGCGCGGGCGCAGUGGCAGAAGCAGCAGGUGGCCCCGACGAGCUCGACCGGCGGGCUGGCGGCGCCCCUGCCGCCGCCGCCGGUGCCGAUGCCCGCGGGCCUGGACACGGCGGCGUUCAGCUACGAGGAGCUGGCGGCGGCGACGGCCGGGUUCUCGGCGGCGAACCUGCUGGGGCAGGGCGGGUUCGGGUACGUGCACCGCGGCGUGCUCCCGGGCAGCGGCAAGGUGGUGGCGGUGAAGCAGCUCAAGGCCGGGAGCGGGCAGGGCGAGCGCGAGUUCCAGGCGGAGGUGGACACCAUCAGCCGCGUGCACCACCGCCACCUCGUCGCCCUCGUCGGCUACUGCAUGGACGGCGCGCACCGCCUGCUCGUCUACGAGUUCGUGCCCAACCAGACCCUCGAGCACCACCUCCAUGGGAAAGGCCGGCCGGUGAUGGAGUGGACGGUGCGGCUGCGCAUCGCCGUCGGCGCCGCCAAGGGGCUCGCCUACCUGCACGAGGAAUGCGAUCCCCGGAUCAUCCACCGCGACAUCAAGUCGGCCAACAUUCUGCUGGACAACAACUUCGAGGCCAUGGUUGCGGAUUUCGGGCUGGCCAAGCUGUCGAGCGUGAACCACACGCACGUGUCGACCCGCGUGAUGGGCACGUUCGGGUACCUGGCGCCGGAGUACGCGUCGAGCGGGAAGCUGACGGAGAAGUCGGACGUCUUCUCCUACGGCGUCAUGCUGCUGGAGCUGCUCACCGGCCGCCGCCCCGGCGACCGCUCGUCCUACGGCCAGGACGGCCUCGUCGACUGGGCGAGGCAGGCCCUGCCGCGCGCCCUCACCGACGGCAACUACGACGACCUCGUGGACCCGAGGCUGGGCGGCGACUUCGACAAGACGGAGGCCGCGCGGCUCGUCGCCUGCGCCGCCGCCUCCGUCCGCCACGCCGCGCGCCGCCGCCCCAAGAUGAGCCAGAUCGUGAUGGCGCUGCAGGGGGAGAUGCCGCUGGAGGAGCUCAGCGACUCCGCCGCGCGGGCGGGGCACGGCAGCGCGUCCGGCUCCGGCUCUGACGACUACGGCUCCGGCUCCGGCUCCUACACGGCGCAGAUGGAGCGCAUCCGGAGGGCGGCGCUGCCCAGCCCGGAGUACAGCGCCGACUACCCCGGCUCCAUCCCGGAGUACGGCCACCCGUCCCCGGCCAGCAGCGCCAGCCCCGUCGACCGGGAUGAACGGCGGCGCCAUGGCGGAGGUCCCCGCCGGUGACCGUACGUGUGAAGCAGCAGCCAGCAAGGUCGUCGUGUCAUCUCUCGCUCGCUCGUGUGCAAAGCUCACAACCAGUCCAGCAGCAAGCUCCUAUGGAUCCCUUUCUCCAGCUAUAGUAGGUGUCUUCGCGAAUUUGUAAUGUGUUGCAACUUCUUUUUUUUUGAGAAUCACACAGUACAACGAAGACGCCCACAACACGCACGCACACUCACACCCUAUGAAUACACGUACGCAAACCCUACCCCUAUGAGCACCUCCGAAGAACUGAGCACCGGCAGAUCUGAAGAUUCCCGAAGUCACCACUGGCGCCUCGUCGUCGACGGGAACGUCGCUUACCACUUAACGUGUAACACCGGUAAAUCCUAGGAAAAUCCCAGAAAAAGAUGCGAGCACCAGGAUUUGAACCCUGGUGGGUAGCGUCCCACUGGACCGUCCUACCA